AUGCAAUCCAUGGCGGCGGCGAUCGGGGUCUCCGUCCCCGUUCUCCGCUUCCUGCUCUGCUUCGCGGCGACUAUUCCGGUGAGUUUCUUCCACCGGGUUGUCCCCGGUUCGCUGCCCAAACACAUGUACGCCGCACUCUCAGGGGCUAUUCUGUUCUGCGACGGUGGGAGAAAGGUGUUGUCGGUCGCUCGGUGUGGAGGGGUAGCGCGAUUGGAGGCGGGCGGCAACGGCGAUUGGAGGCGGGCGGCGAGGCGGAGUUGCGGCGACGGCGAUUGGAGUUGGGAGCAGGUGGAUUGGAGGGAGGCGGCUGGAGAUUUGGGAGAUGGGACGAAGUUGCUAGGGUUGGGGUUUGGGGAUGGGGCCUUUUAUGUAAGGCAAAAACGGCGUCGUUUAGGCCUGCCGGUUAGCCGGUUUAACCGGCGUCGGUUUUUCGGCUAA